AUGGCCACUAACAUACACACACAGACCCUCCUUACUCUGCCACUCGAGCUCCGCAACAUCAUCUACUCCGAACUCCUCUCCUCUAAGCGCUCUGAACCUAUCACGCUCUAUGACGACAGCAAAGGCCGCGAAAUACACUCUAACCUCUGCCCUUCCAUUCUUCGCACCAAUAAACAGAUUUACGAAGAAGCAAUUUGCCAUUUGUAUAACAAGAACACCUUCCUACUGAAACUCGACCACAAACGCCGUAUCUUACCACUAUUCCGAUCCAAUCGUACCCCUCCCACAGAUGUCUCAACAGAAGGCGAAUAUGAUGAUCGCCCGAGGAAGCUCGUACCCAUCCGAAUCAGCGCACAACAAUCUACAAAAGACUUCAUAAAGACAAUUGCUGGCACCUCCCCUCACAUCGAGCUGUUCAUCGGAGCGUUUUCGAUGUGCGGCGCGAGCAAGGACGGCAAGGUUCCCACGCAUAUUGGGAAAGUAGUCCUUGAUAUACUGCGACUACUAGCCGAGGAAGAAAUAGAGGAGGGUCUGGUGACUAAGAAGACUCUGAGAGUCAAGGUUCGCGCCAAGUGGAUUCCUGACAAUCUUUUCCUCGAUGAUAAGGGGCCCUCGCUGUCGCGGAAGGAGGGUCAAGCGCUGAAGGCUACGAUGCUGGUGCUGUUGAAAGAGAUCAUGAAGCGGAGAGUGGUAGAAGUCAAGGAGGCGGUGUUGAAUGAAGCGUUGGGCCGCAAUGAGAUCAAAAUGGUCGAUAUUUAUACGGGGGAACCGUUUCCGGAGUGA